AUGACUCAACACACAUCAUCACCAACUGCCAUUCGAACCAUUUCCCACAAAAGGAACAAGCCUUCCUCAUCAUCGAGUACUCAAGCAAAAUUAUCGGCCUCUCGAUUAUCGUCUGGCAUGUUCAGAAAAUCUCAUAACGAAAAACCAACAUCCUCUCCAAAAAACAACCAGAACGGAAUCACGCCUCGACAAGACUACGUUUCAGUUGAGUCGCUAAGGCUCAAGCUCUCUCAAAAUUUGUUCAGCUCGGAGAAGAAGAAAAAAGAAGAGGAGGAAGCAGGGUAUUCCCUUCUUAGGCAGAGUUUUGAGAAAAUCAACGCUAUAUCGCCAAAUACUGCCCAAAACCUCCCUUCUUUAUCUCCGACUCAUCAAUCCUCUCAAAUUGCCACCUCCAAAUUAUUUCCUUCAUCUAGUAACACCAAUACAACCUCAACGAUGUCAUCCCAAAUAUUUCCCAUCCAACAAUUCGAUACACUUAAGAAAUCCAUGCCUGAAACAAAAACAGCACGAAGCUCCAAGGAGGGUGUUUCGAUACCUUCGCUGCAAUUAGGCAAAACUGCUAGGGAAGAAACUGACACCUUUGUAAGGGGGUUCCAGUACAUUGAAAGAUUAAAUCAGAGGGCCAAAUCUGCUGGAUAUUCAAGAUCAAACCUUUCAUCAUCAAGAACCACGCAAAAUCCAGGUUUUUUCAGCAGUCGCUCAAUUAAAUCGACGAUACCCCAAGAAUCAAAGUUGAAUGCUGAAAAACUGUCACAAUGGGAGAAUUAUGAAAACAAACGAGAAGAAGAGAUCCACAGUGAAGCAGUUAUUUCUUCCACAUUAGAGCCACUGCGGCUUCAAUAUGAUCCGAGUCAAAUUCGAAUGUCACCUGUUUCUCUUGUAAAUUCUCAUGGUGGUAAUAACUCAAAGAAAAACAUGAUCAAAGAUAUGAAGAUGAUGGCAGAAGCUUGUAGCCGUGCUGGACGACUGAAAAUGGAGGGGCUCAUUCACUACAAAAUUGCCAACAAAUACGAAGAACUUGGCGACGAUCUUUCGGCGAUUCCGCAUUAUGAAAGAUUUUUAGCAAUCAAUGAAGGACUAAAAGAUGAAAUGGCUCAGUGUCUAGCUUUAAACUGUCUUGGAGUACUGUACCAAAGAAUGGGAGGCACAGAAAAUUUAAACACUGCACUUAAAUAUCACAUGAUGCAAUGGGACAUUUCGGAACCUCAAGCCCAGGUAGUUAGUAAUAUCAACAUGGGAAUUAUCUUUCAGCAACUAGGUCAUUAUGAAAAUGCGUCUGACAAUUAUAAAAUGGCUUAUCAACAAGCUCAUAAAAUUGGCGACAAGCAAGGAGAAAGUAUAGCUCUCGCGAAUCUAGGAAUACUUGGCAAAGAACAAGGCGACUUAGUCACUGCCCAAACUUGUAUGGAAAAACAUUUAUCUCUAUCUGAAACGCUCAAUAAUCCAGUGGGAGAAGGUGAGGCAUACCAACAACUUGGAAUUUUAGCUUCGAAAAAAGGAGAAGGAGAUUUGGCUGUCAAGAUGCUUCACAAAGCUAGGAACAUUGCAAUGCAAUAUGACAAGAAAAAAGCAGAUCAAAUUUCUUGCAAUAUUGGCAUUAUUGAAGGAAACACUCGAUUUGAAGAAUAUAUGAAAACUAUUGGACAAAAUUAUUAA